CCUUAUUACUUGUCAAUAGAUAAAAAUAAGUAAGAAGAAAUUUUGUGAUUAUUUAUUUAAGUACCAAUUUAAUUCCAUUAAUUUCUAAUAAUUCAAUAUAAUCAACAUGAAUCCUUUACGCCGUUACUGCGUGCGUAUACCUCGUUGUCAUGGCUUUAAUAACGAAAACAAAAACAGAUUGAUACAUGACAAACCUACCUACGCAGAUUGUAUUUGCAGUAUAUGUGUUAUAUGUGUAAAAUAUUUAUUUUAAUCGAAAUGAUCAAACUCUGUUAAUUGAAAAUAGUUAAAUUUAAUCUUUGAUGAAAUAAAAAAUAAUUUAAAUGUGUUUCAACGUAUUGGAAGAAAAUAUAUUUACAUGUCGGACACUGAAGAUGAAGAAGUUCAAAGUCGAAUUGUUAAAAUCACAGUCGUUGGCGAACCUUCUACUGGCAAAACGUGCUUGUGUACACGAUACCUGGGCGGAAAUGGGAUUAUCUCGAGUGGAAACACGCAGGGCGCAGAGGUGAUGGCAGGGCAGUGCUUGGGACUGCGCCCUCCGGUGACCGUUCACUUGUGUGACGUCGGCGGAAGCGCACUUGCAACUACUAUGUUAAAAAAUUAUUUGUAUUGUUCUGACGUUGUUCUGUUUGUGUAUGAUCUUACAAAUCUUCAGAGCUUCGAGAAGCUCGGUCUGUGGCUACGUAGAGCAAUAGAGAUAUUCGAAUCUGAAGAUAAAAAACCUAUAAUGGCAAUAUUCGGAAACAAAUCAGACUUAGAACAUCAAAGAGCGGUGCGACUAUCUUGCGUGCAGAAGUUUGCAUCGGAACAUCUUUUGGAAAAUUUUAAAGGAUCUGCAAGAACAGGGGAAACGGUAAAUAAUGCUUUCACAAAGCUGGUGGCCCGUGUAAUGGGCAUGAAAGUGCGACGAUGUUUCGCCUCAGUGAACGGUUUCUCUCCAGCAAUAAAAAAUGGAGAAUUGAAUGGUCCCGACCCACUACCGUUGCAAAGUGAACCUACGCACUCCCUAAUAAUGAACAGAAAAGCUUUAAGAAGAAUCCACCGAGCUUCUUCAUCUGUCUGUUGUCUGCAAUAAAAUAUAUUAUUAUAUCUGUUUAUUAUUAUGAUUUUCAUUUGUUACCUUACCUGUACA